GUUGUGUGUACGUCGUAAAGGGGAGUUGAUUUUCGGCUCAUGAGCUGGUUUGAAAGUAGCGAAUACAGAAGGCGAGAGACCAGGUGUAUAAAAUAGUUCAGUGACAAGCUAAGACCAUGGAAGCUGAACAAAGUAUGGAAGGACAAACACAGAGAAUAGUAGAAAAUGAAAAGGCCAACACAGAAAAAGUGUCUAAGCAGAAGGUGGAUCUUCAGGCAUUGCCUACACGAGCAUAUCUUGAUCAAACCGUGGUUCCUAUUCUAUUACAAGGGCUUUCUGUUCUUACAAAGGAAAGGCCUACAAACCCAAUAGAAUUCUUAGCAGCCUAUCUGUUAAAGAACAAAACACAGUUUGAAGACCGGAACUAGCAUUUUAA